CAUAAACUUUUUGGAAUUGUUUUCAUUCUUACAAAUUUUACAUCGAUAAAUAUGAUAAAAAGUAUUAUUUACCCAUUUAUUUUAAUUUACUUUACAUUGUAAACAAAUCAUUAACAUGAGCAACAUAGGUAAAGAAAACAAAAGUGUCGAAACUGUUGGUACCAGCUGCAAUAGCACUCUUGAAAUGGACGAAAAAGAAAGAAAAGUUAAUGAAACUUUGAAAAAUCGUUUGCGAAAGUAUAUAAAAAAAUUAGAUGAAAAUAAUACAGCUACUACUAAAGAAGAGAGUGAAAAAGUUGAAUUGGAAACUUUUAAAAAACUUUACAAACCUAAAUUAGAAGGAGAUCCAGAAUCUUACAAGAAAAUACCAAAGUUUUAUUUCAAACUACCGAGACAUGAUGAUACAUUGGCACAAAAACUAAGAGAAGAAACAAGAGCACAAUUUCUACAGAAAAAAAGCAAGGAACUGCUUGAUAAUAGUGAGCUUAAGCACUUAUGGAGCCUCCUCGAAAAAUCUAAUGGGAGUUUUAGCAUGGCCAAUAGUGAUGAGCUAACAGUUGAUUAUAUUCAGUUUAAAAAGAUAAGAGAUGAAGCUGGUCCCAAAUACAAACCUUAUUUUACCGCGGAAGUGUUUGGUCGUUUACAAGCAUCCGAGGGAGGUAUCGGGCGUGUGAGGGGUGUGUCCCUGUUCAACUAUGUCAUGAGGAGAGUCUGGCUGCAGCAGACGAGGAUUGGACUCUCUUUAUAUGAUGUCACCGGGCAGGGCUAUCUUACUGAGCAUGAUUUGGAAAGUUAUAUUGCAGAGUUGGUUCCAUCACUUGCAGCCUUGGAUGGUUUGGAUUCCUCAUUUACAUCAUUUUAUGUCUGCACUGCAGCUCGGAAGUUUUUAUUUUUCCUUGAUCCACUUCGUGUAGGAAGAGUGAGGAUAAGAGAUGUUCUGUCCUGCUCUUUCCUGGAUGAUUUGUUGGAGCUGCGUGAAGAAGACUUGCCGAUGGACUUGCAGGAACAGAAUUGGUUUAGUGCUGCGUCUGCGCUCAGAGUCUAUGGACAGUAUCUCAAUCUAGACAGAGAUCACAAUGGAAUGCUAAGCAUAAACGAGCUAGCUGGCUAUGGAUCAGGUACACUGACGCGUGCAUUCCUGCAGCGCGUGUUCCAACAGUGUCUAACGUAUGACGGGGAGAUGGACUACAAGACCUAUCUGGAUCUAGUUCUCGCUCUUGAGAACCGUCGCCAGCCGGCUGCCCUCGCUUAUCUGUUUAGAGUUCUAGACAUCAACUCUCAGGGAUACUUAGACGCGUUUACUCUCAAUUACUUCUUUAAGUUUGCAUUAUUCGCAGGCCAUCCAGGAGCUGAUGGUGGCUCAUGGUGCCGAGCCAGUCAGCUUCGAGGACGUGAAGGACGAGAUCUUCGACAUGAUCAAACCGGAGCACCCCGCGCGGAUCACCCUGCAGGACUUGGUGCGCUCCGGCCGCGGCCACACCGCCGUGUCUAUGCUGUUGGAGCUCCAUGGCUUCUUUGCGUACGAGAACAGAGAGGUGUUCGCGGCUGCGGGUGACCACGGACCCUGACACGUACCUGAUGGCAAGUGACUAGCUCGAUGUUGGAGGCCUUUGAAAGACCCAAGCAAAAAAAGUCAAAGCGUACAUGGGAUGUGGAAGCUAAUAGAUCUGAAAGUAAACUUGUAUCAGGCAUUUUAGACCCGCGUCCAGGGCAAAGCAUUGACAAAUGAUUGAUCUGAUGAAAUUGGUGAUAAACUUCCGGGAUAAUUAAAAAAACUUCAAUUGAACAUUAGUAAAUAAGCAUUUAUUUUAUAGUAACAGAUAAAUAUGUAUUUUGAUAAUAUCAUAAUCAAU